GAUAUAGGUUAUCACAUUAGAAACAUCAAACUCUGAUACGGCAACAUUCAAACAGCAUGCCGAAUUACAAAGUUCAUUAUUUUGAUUCUCGUGGUCGGGCCGAGAUAGCCCGGAUCCUACUCACUGCAGCAGGACAGCCUUUUGAAGAUGUACGAUACACAAAAGAACAGUGGGCUGAAUUCAAGCCAAAGACUCCAUUUGGACAGCUACCAUGUUUAGAAGUUGAUGGAAAACUUUAUGGUCAGUCUAAUGCUAUCAAUUCUUAUUUAGCUCGACAGUUUGGAUUAUAUGGUAAAAAUGAUCUGGAUGCCUUACAGAUAGACGUGGUCGUUGGUGUUCAGAAUGAUUUCGCUACCGUCAUGAUCAAAAUAUUUUAUGAAAGUGAUGAAGCUAAGAAGAAAGAAUUAAGAGAGAAAUUAGCCAAGGAGGAUGCCCCAAAAUUCUUGGGAAAUUUUGAAAAGUUACUUCAAGAUAAUGGAUAUUACGUGGGUAAUUCGGUUACAUUAGCGGAGAUAGCCGUCAAUGAUAUUUUAGAAUAUCUAUUAAUGGAAAAUCCUGACGUUUUAAAAUCGUAUCCCAAAUUAACUCAGAUGCGUAAAAAUCUGGAGGCUCAUCCCAAGAUUGGACCAUAUUUGAAAAACCGAAAGUAGAAAUCUGGUUAUUAUUAUUAUUUAAGAAUAAAGUUUACAUUUG